UGUGGGUACAGAAGGUUUUGUGGGUACAGGUUUUGUGGGCACAGAAGGUUUUGUGGGCACAGAAGGUUUUGUUUUGGCCUCCCACCGGCAGGUGAGCAGCAGAGAUGUCCGGAGAGAAGCAUCGCCGGGAGGUGCCCACCAUCGUGUACGAGCCGCACUACAGAGCGGAGCCCUCUGCGCCCCAGCUCGGCCAGGAGGGGGGCUACGAGUAUCCUUCUCCCCCACCCUACUCCUACCGAGAGACCACCAUCGUCGAGGAGCCGGUUUAUUUGGUGCCCCAGCCUCCGAUCAUCGUCGCAGGGAUCUUCUCCAGCAAACCAACAUCCACAAUCUGUCCUUCCUGCCGCCAGCACAUCACCACCCAGGUCACCUACAGACUGGGCAAGCUGUCCUACCUCCUGUGCACCAGCCUGUGCAUGGUCGGGUGCUGCUUUGGAUGCUGCUUCGUCCCUCUCUUUGUGAAGAUCUUCAAGGACGCAGAUCAUUACUGCCCGUGCUGCCAUUUUCACAUUUAUAGAUACAAAAGACUAUAGGAAAAAAGUUUAUGUGACCAGAUGAUGUCAAGCCUCCAUUUCCUAAUGGCAUAAGAUUCUGCACAUAAAACUACUGCUAGGAAACCCACAGGACUAUGCUUAGGUUCUGCAACUCCCUUGCUGGUGAACCCACCCGGUAAACUCCAGUUCACCAUCACAUGCUUGGAGUGGCUUUAAAACUAAAACCACUUUGAGACUAAUUUGCAGUGUCAGUUAAUUUAUGCUCUAUUUGAUUCGCUGCCCUGUGCUGUGAAGUUUCCAGGUGGUGAGCUGGAAAUGCACCCAUUUUUACUUCAACACCUACACCACCCCAGCU